CUUUAUAUUAUCUAAGCAUAAUAACUGUUGUACUACCACUGGAGAAGAAGGUGAUUGUAAGACUGUAGUGUGCCAGCAGUGCACCCCAUUAAGCUUUCUGCACUGCUUGAACCACUGCUUGGUUUCAUCAUGAGACGGAUUCUGGUGCUGCUCUCUCUGUGUCGCUUUGUGUGGGGAAUCUCAACAUCAUUUCCGACAACAGUGGCAACAGCUACCACCCCACCAUUUCUUAGUAAUGUUGAGAGUGUCUCUAUAAUAAAUCGCACUGAAAGGACACUAACAAUGCAGUGGAACAAGGUUGACAACAAGAAUUACAAUUACACACUAAUCUACGAUAGUCAGAACAUCAGUAUCAAUGGAUCAGUUGAUGGUUCUGUAGUGACAUACACGGUCAAAAAUCUUACUGCUGGGACUAACUACAAAUUUACCCUCUACACUAAAACUCAAGUAGCACAGAGCACUGGAUACAACUUUACCUCUGUCACUAGUCCCAAUAAUGUUAAUAAGAUUUCUGUAAAGAAUCGCAAUAAGACUGAAUUAAUAUUGGAAUGGGAUAAAGUAAACAACAACAGCAAUUACAAUUACACUUUGUGCUACAAUAAUCAGAACGUCAGCAUCAAUGGAUUGGGAGAAGGUUCUGCAGUUACAUACACAGUCCAAAAUCUUAAUGCUGGGACGAAAUACACCUUUAUUCUCUACACCGUAUUUACAGAUGUUCAGAGCACUGGGAAAAGUCUUACCACAGUCACUACUCCUAGUCAGGUUGCCAAGAUUUCUGUAAAGAAUCGCAGUGAGACUGAAUUAAUAUUGGAAUGGGAUAAAGUAAACAACAGCAGCAAUUACACUUACACACUGUGCUACAAUAAUCAGAACGUCAGCAUCAAUGGAUCAGAAGGAGGUUCGGCAGUGACAUACACAGUACCAGAUCUUACUAAUGGAACAGAAUACACAUUCAUUCUCUACACUGUAUAUGAAGGUGUUCAGAGCACUGGGUACACUUUUAAAAGUGUCACUACUCCGCGUCAGGUUGCCAACAUUUCUGUAAAAAAUCGCUAUGAGACUGAACUGAAACUGGAAUGGAAAAAAGUAAACAACAACAGCAAUUACACUUACACUUUGUGCUACAAUGGUCAGAAUGUCAGCAUCAAUGGAUCGGGAGAAGGUUCUGCAGUUACAUACACAGUCCAAAAUCUUAAUGCUGGGACGAAUUACACCUUUAUUCUCUACACUGUAUUUAAAGACGUUCAGAGCACUGGGAAAACUCUUACCACAGUCACUACUCCCCUUAGUGUUGCCAACGUUUAUGUAAACAGUUGCAAUGAGACUUCAUUAAUAUUAAAAUGGGAUAAAGUGGACAACAACAACAUUUACAAUUACACACUGAGCUACAAUAGUAAGAAUAUCAGUCUCAGUGGAUCAGAAGAAGGUUCUGUAGUGACAUACACAGUCACUGAUCUUACUGCUGGAACUGCAUACAUCUUUACUCUCUACACUGUAUUUGAUGGAGUGGAAAGCAGAGGUUACAACAUUACAAGUCACACUAUUCCAAAUAGAGUUACUGGAUUACACUGUCAGUAUUCAUCAGGGGGAUAUGGUCUAACUCUUGCUUGGGACCCUCCAAAUGGUGGGAGGACAGCUGUACAGGUCAACAUGAGCAGCACAAGCUUUAGUCACACAGGGGAAAGACUAAAAAUUGAUGGACUGCUCCCCGCCCAGUGGUACACCUUUACUGUGUCUGCAUUCUCUGGAUCUAUACAGAGUGUCCCAGUUUCAAUUACCUGUCAGACUGACCCAAGAGGAGUCAUAGCAGGUGUUCUAACAUCCCUUCUGCUGGUCAUUCUCAUCCUCUGUAUUGGUAUCUUUAUAUGGCAUCACAAGUCAAAAACAUCCAGCAAAUCCAAAAUUUCCAGUAAUAAGUACAAACCAAUUCCUCUGAAGAACUUUCCAGGGCACUUUAGUGCCAUGAGUUGUGAUGAGAACCGUGGUUUCAUUGAGGAAUAUGAGGAUUUAAGUACAGUGGGUACAGAUCAGAGUUGUAAAAUUGCUACACUUCCUGAAAACAAGGACAAGAAUCGAUUUAGCAAUGUACAAGCCUAUGAUUCAUCUCGUGUGAAGCUUGCUGAACCUCCUGGUUCUGAUUCAGACUACAUUAAUGCUAACUACAUUCAUGGUUAUGGCAAGAAAAAGAAGCAGUACAUUGCUGCUCAGGGUCCCCUCCCCUUCACUGUCAAUGACUUUUGGAGAAUGGUGUGGGAGCAGAAGUCCUCAGCCAUUGUUAUGUUAACCAACUGUACUGAAGGUGGAAAGACUAAAUGUGAGCAUUACUGGCCAAUGGACAACAUGCCCUGCCUCUAUGGAAACCUGUUGGUCACUAUCCAGUCAGAGCAGAAAGAGAGUUGCUGGACUCAACGAGAAUUUAUCAUCAGAAAUGAAUCUACCUCAGAGGAGCAAGCAGUAACACACUUUCAUUUCACAGCAUGGCCCGAUCAUGGAGUUCCUAAUAGAACAGAAGAGCUGAUUCAGUUCCGUUGGAUAGUUAGAAAGCACAUUGAGACCUUCCCUUUUAGUGGACCUACAGUGGUACACUGCAGUGCUGGAGUGGGUAGGACAGGUACUCUAAUCGCCCUUGACUUAUUACUGCAGCAGAUGGAAAAAGAGGAACUUGUUAACAUUGCUGAUUGUGUACGUGGCAUGAGGGUUAGCCGGCCUCUCAUGGUACAGACUCAGUCUCAGUAUGUGUUCCUGCACCAGUGCAUCAUGGAAUCUUUGCAGCCCAAAGAGGAGUCCAUUCCUGAGCCCAUAUAUGAAAAUUCUGAAAUGAUCAUCUCUAAUGCACUGGCUCUACAAGAGUAUAAGGCAUCCAACAAAAGGGUCUGAAAACUGUUGAUUGUUAUGCUAAAUAAUAAACUGUAUUUUCAUUGGAAAAUAAUUUAUGUUAAUGUAGAAUUAACCCAUUUAACAUGUUUAGCAGCCUUUGUCAAGCUAAUCCAUGAACUUGAACUUGCUAGUUCCUGAUUUGUGUUUAAUUUGAUCUGCCUAUGUGCCUAUGAAGCAAGCAAAUCUUCAAAAUACAGAUUAUCAUCAAAUAAACUACAUACCUGUGAUCAAAAAGCAGACACAAUGCAGCAUUAUGCAAUGUUUUAUUAUACAAAUUCAGCAAAUAAGAGAAAUCACAUGAUAUUUGGACUUUUUUAUGAAUUCAGUAAUAAUAAAUGUAGCUGUAAUCUUUUCCUGAAUAAAUGCGUUCCAAUUAUUAUUAUUAUUAUUAUUAUUAUUAUUAUUAUUAUUAUUAUUAUUAUUAUUAUUAAGCUUAAUUGAUGAGGCUAAGAUAACAACAAUAGCAAAUAGUCACAUCAUUUACCAAUGUCUUCUAAUGUAUAUUUAUUGUAAUUUGUAAUUAGGAUUGUUGUCAUCUUGGUUCAUUUUGAUAGAUUUAAAGUGAAAAGAGUUUUGUGGAAUUUUUGAGACUUUUAAUGGAAGAGAAAAGUAGAAACUUUAUAAUAAUGUAGAAUUAUAUGACCGGAGUAGUAGAUUCUCUGGAUUUUGUGAAGACAUUUUCAAGUCAGUUAUGUUACAUGUUAAUAAACUGAUUUAAUCUAAGCUGCAAUCGUUUUAAAAGCUUUAUCAAGUAAAUAAACAUCUAAAUACAUUGUGCAAUGUGUAAAAAAAUAGUCAAAAAAAUGACAUGUGAAGUGUUGUUGUUGUACAUACAAUAUUUAGAGAACAAAUGAAAAGAUUAAUCAUCUUCAAAUCUGCUUUACAGAAAUGUAAGCAUACAUGGGACAGCUUACUGCACAAUAAUAUUAAAAAAAUGCUUACUCCUAUAACGGUUUAAGAAAAGGUACGUUGUGCACAGAGGGCAGCCCGGGACUCCAGCAAGAGUAGCUAUGACAGCAUAAGUCAAAGGAAGAGCCACAAGGCUCAACAUUGAGAAAACAUAAGAGCACCCUGGAGCAUAAAGAAGCUACCCUAAGUAAAUGCAUGAAAGUGAUGGGGUGACAGCAUUAAAACAUCCCAGUUAAUCAAAAUACUCUUUACCCAUUAUCUUUCCAGAUCUAUACCUUUACCGUAGAAAAAACUAAUAGCAAAAGGUUUGUCUAAAUAAAUGACUUUCAGACUAGACUUAUAUACAGAGUUAAACAAUACCAACAAAGAAUCUGCAUCUUUUAAUAGAAGGUUUAGAUGUGACAGAUCGAAUACCAGAAGCUUUGGACUAACUGGGGAUACUUUAUGCACCUACAUGUAUAUACAGAAAGUAACACAAUAAUCACAUAUAAAUAAAUCCACAUGUAGGAGUAACUGAAAGGCUGCCCAGAUAGCAUUUCCAAUGCUGAUCCUAGAACUAUUCUAAGAACUUCCAUUUAUAUCUACAAACUGAUAAUAAGGAAGUGAAGCAUAAAAUGUAAACGUCUAUAGUCAACAAUUAUUGUAAAUGAAUUAUAUUUAAUUAGUGUAAAUUGUGUAAUGAGUUAAGACUAGUAAUUUUCUGUAUAGAAGAAAACCAUUCUGUUACCAAAAUAAAAUAACAUUAGUACAGAGUACAGUGUUACUAAAAACUACUGUCAAAGAUCAGCCAGCAUUUUUCCCCCAAUAAAAACAUUAGCUAUAUGAAUCUGAAUCAACUGACAAGUGUUUUGAACUCACUAAUAUUAACUAAUCUCAUGAAAGCCACCGUCCCCAAUUUGUCAUUAGUAAUUUUGUCUCCUCUUGAUAUCCGCAUUUGUAACACUGAAAGAUGCAGUCGUCUCACAUUCUGUUAAAGUAAAUGGAGGAUGUUUUUGAGUUUAUUAAUGUGAAGUAAAUCAAUUCAUUCCCAUUCAUUGCACAUUGUACAGAUGUAUUUUUAUUCUUACUUUUUGUAUUUAUCCUUAUUCUCCAGAUACAUAGAUCUAUGUUUAUUGUUUAUUUUCUCUCUUUAUUCAUCCUUUUUAUUACAUCUACAUUUUAAUUUCUAUUGUAUUUUCUUUUCAACAGGAACAGUCUUAAAACCCAUUUCACUAAAUGUCAUAGUGUUUAUGUAUGUGAUAAAUAAAAUUUUAAUUUGAAUAUUUCAAUCAAAAA